AUGGAAGAAGGAGAGGACAUUGUGCAUCAACUGGGAUCUUUUCACUUGUCGGAAAGGGAAGCCAACAUUAUUCCCAUAGAAAAUAACGACGUUCAGCUGAGUGCAGAGGAAUGUCGGAAAAGUCUCGUUGGAAAACUAAUCGGGGGGAAGAAAGCGCAUUUGAAAGGCCUCAAAAGAACAAUAAAAAUAAUCUGGCAUAUCAAAGAGUCAGUGGCAGUUCGAGAACCCAGCCCUAACUUCUUUCAAUUCAUAUUCUCUGAAUUGGAAGACAAGGAGAAAGUGUCGAAAGGAGUGGGAUGGACAUUUGAGAAUCAAGCGUUAAUUCUGCGAGAUUGGGAGGAAGACAUUACGGAGGACCACCCUGAUUUUCGGGAGCUUAAAAUUUUGGUUCACAUAUGGAACAUUCCGAUUAACUGGACCACAGAAGAAGUCGGAGUGAAAAUCGGAAAGGUUUUCAAUAGAACAGCUGAUGUCUUAAUUCCUCAAGGAGGAUUAUUAGCUGGAAAAUGUAUUCGAAUCCUUGCAGCGGUGGAUAUUACGCAACCAUUGAUGAGAUGUGCUAGCAUUCAACUAGGGGCUAAGAAAAUUAUUGUUGACUUCAAAUAUGAAUGGCUACCAGCAACAUGUUACUACUAUGGUAUAUUGGGCCACCUGGAUAGAGCAUAUGACCAGAGAGCAUCAGAUAUUGCUGAAGGGAAAUUGAGAAGGGGUAUGUUCGGAGAAUGGAUCAGAGCUCAAGAUUUUCAGUCAGCAGCCUCAUUUCUAAAUUCUCAUAACAACAAUAACCUUGAACCCUCCACAAACAAAGAGACUCCCAACCCAAAACCCUCUUCUCAAACAAGCAAUCAUCCUCUAACACCAUUACACCAGAUUACCCCGCCUAACCCUGAUAUCCCUAGCAAUAGUCAGAAAAUUCUCCUUCAGCCAGAAGCCACCAAAGAGCCAUUACCUAAUAACAACAUCACCCCUGCUGCCCAUACAGCCAUAAACCCUCAACCUUUAACAGUAGACAGCACACCCCUCCAAAUAGAGACAGAAGAAACUCCAUUGCAGACACCCUUGCUUGAUUCACCUAACAGCCAGAACCUCAUCACCACCUGCUCAGAUAAACACCUGGCCAACAUUCCAGUCCCUAUCCAAACUGAACCAUCAACCAAAAUAGGAUGGAAAAGAAGGGAGCCAAAUAGCAACCAAUCAAUCCCAGAUAAUUAG